AUGUCCUUCUGCAAUCUCCUGGCUCUAACGGUAUACUGCAUAUGGAAGCUUCGUUCUCAUGGCGCAGCUGCAGAGGUUGAUGCCGACGCGCCACUUGAGCUGCCGGUGCUGAGAGAAGAAACAGGGUGUAGUAAUCCGGUGCAGCAGACCACGUUCCACAUCGAGGAGCUGCCGCGGAAGUUCUCGUACGACGAGAUCCGAGCCGUGACCGGAGACUUCGGGACCAUGUUGGGGCGCGGCGGCUCCGGCGAAGUCUUCCGAGGCCUCCUCGACGACGGCACGCUGGUCGCCGUCAAGCGGAUCACCAGCGACAAGCCCGUCGGCGAGGCUGUCUUCCUGAGAGAGGUCUCCAUCGUCGCAAGCGUGCACCACCGCAGCCUGGUGCGCCUCCUCGGGUACUGCCUCCUGCGCGGGGGCGGCAGCCAGUACCUGAUCCUCCACCUCGACGUCAAGCCAACCAACAUCCUCCUUGACGGCGGCCUCCGGGCGCACGUGUCGGACUUCGGCAUCUCCAUGUCCAUCGCGCAGGACAUGACCAGCGUCGACAACCGCGGGAGGGGCACGCCCGGGUACAUGACGCCGUUGAUAUCUCUCUGCAGGAUGUCCGUCAAGUUCGACGUGUACAGCUACGGCAUGACGGUCCUUGAGCUCGUCAGCGGGCGCAGGAGCUUCGCGAGCGGCGAGGACUUGUCCUCGGAGACGCCAAACUACUUCGCGCGCGUCGUGCGGGAGAAGAUGGCACGGGGCGCGCUCAUGGAGGUGGUGGACGCGGCCAUGGCGCGCGCGGACGAGGGGGAGGUGGAGGCAGUGGUGAAGGUGGCGCUCUGCUGCGUCCAGCACAGGCAGGAGCUGAGGCCGAGCAUGCAUUCUCGAAUGUCGUGUCGUGGUCGGUCCGCCGCUGGAGUCCGCCACGGCGUAGCCGAGUCCGAUCCAACUCAUCCCAAAAUCGUGUAG